GCUCCAUAAACAAUGAGUUGUUUCCGCCACUCUUCCUCCCCAAAUUCUUAUAAAAUAAGCUUCUUGCAUUCUUCGACCGCUUCUUGCCCUCGAAUUCGGCUUAUAUUGUCUCUAGUUGGCUUCCAAACGUACUCGCAGGUAAUAGAUCCAUUGGCUUCACGUCUGAUGUUUCCGAUGUUUUGAAUGUUCCAAAUCAGAUCUUUCCUUGUAGCAGCUGUCACGACCAGGGCAAGGCAUUGAGGUGAAC